AUGUGGGUAAGAAAGGAAGGAUUCAAGCUACACCGGAGGAGAAAGAAGACAAAGAAGAAGAAGACGGCGGAGGACAAGACUGUAUCUAAUAUUCCUCAUCAACAAAUCUAUUCUUCAUAUGAGUUUUCUGUCUCAGCCUUCCCGAUCGUUCUAAAUUGUCUCACACUUGCCGUUGAUCAGACUUCCAGACUUUUCGAUACAUUAUCUUUAACAGACAAGAUUAUUUGUUUGAUGGUACGAUUAUCUACCAUGUCAGAGGUACAUGAACGACCAAAACUUACAGAUUCGCGUCAUCAUACUGUGCGUGAAGCACGACACGAGGAUAUCCCGUUAUUAGCAGACGUUGAGCGAUCAGCAGCUGAAUUAUUCGCAUGUUUCAACGUUCCCGUUGGUGAUUCCGUCUUGGACCCAUCAUUAUUAACGACCAUGUUGAAAGCUCAUCAUCUCUGGGUCGCUGUCAACAGUGAAGCCAAACCCGUGGGAUUCAUUGGAGGCUUUAAAAUUGAUGCUAAUUUCCAUGUGGCCGAAGUCUCAGUUGGUAGGGAUAGCCAAAAGCAGGGAAUCGGGAAUGCUUUGAUGUACAGAAUGAUGACAGAUAUAGGAAAGGAGGGAUUUCCUGCAAUUACCCUCACCACCAACAAGGUUCUUCCAUUCAAUCGUCGUUAG